UACAUAUUGUAAAUCUUAUAUGCACAGAAGUACUUAAUAACUACAAAAAUAUUUCGUAUUACAAAUAAUAAUAUUAAAUUCCAGAAUAACAAUUGUAGAUAUAUAUCUACGAUGUUGUAUAUAUACAUACAGAAACAUUCUCACUUUGGCGCAAACAAUCUUCCGGAAUUUUUAAAAUAAAAACCACAUUCAGCAUAUUUCGAAAAUAAUGUUGUUGUAAUCUAUAAACUUAAGUUGAUCUACAUAGAUUUGUUUACUAUCGUUGAAUUGGUGUGGGUUGGUAAGUGGCAUUUGGUUCCCCCUUCAUUUUAAUUGUCUAAUAAUACUUAAGGGUGUAUUCUGGUCUAGAAAUUUGGAAAAAUCGAUUUUUUCUUUUUGUUAUAUUAUGUUUCGAUAGUUUAGAUAUUUAACAUAUCUUCCUAAACGAAUGUUUUAAAAUUCAAAUUAUUAUCAAAGCUAUUGUUCUUAUGACAAUCACAUUUGUAAUCAAGAAUCCGUCAUUAUUUUUCUUGUCAGAUGAUGUACAAGUAUGACGUUCAAAAAAGUACUGUCAAUAAUAGGUUGAUUUAUAGUUCCAAGAAAACUAAAAAAUAUCGAACAAGUUUUGAUUAGUAACUGCUCCUGGUACUGGAAAGUGGCUUGAUGAGUGUUUAAUCGGUCAACGCCAAAUGAAGCAAUCAUUCGUAAGUGGUUUGCUGAAAUCCGUACAGGCCAAGUGAGCAUUAAAGUCGGUAAAGUCAGUGGACGUUGUACGGAGUCUGUUCCGGUCUAAAACGUUAAAAACGUAUGGACAUAUUAGAUGAAUAUAGAGAAAAAUUUAUUGUGAUAACUGAUACUCUAAACAUAUCAACGAAAUAUGGAUAAAAAUCUGGACUUGCGAAAGUUCUACCAAAAGUGGGGUUCCGGCAUGCCACAACCCAAAUCCAAUACACCAUAUAACAACAGUCACAACCAUUCCAAUCCUGGUGCGCCCGUUGGCGUGCCGUUCGGCGCUGGUUGGAUAGCGCCCUCACAACACCCCACACAACACUCUUCACCACAACAUGUGCCGCAGCAAAAUAGCUUACACUAUCAGCCACUGUCUGCUCAUCAUCAAACUCCAUACCCACCCUCCAACAAUAUCCCGCAUGCUCCUCCUCAGCAUCACGUGCCCUAUCCACCAAUUAAUACGCCAUCUAAUGCACCUUAUCCGGGUUCAUCAUACCCACAUAAUCCCCAACAUGCACAAGCGCCAUAUCCAUUCGCUGCGGGAUCACCAACAUACGGCACUAUUGGCGGUAGCGCACACUCCCCGCAUUACACGCAUCCGCCGACGCAUCCGUCUUAUGCGCCAACACAUGGAUAUACACCGGUGCCGACGUCGGUCGGUUAUGAAUCUCCAGCAGGCAAUAUCGCUCAUUGUUUCCAAGAAUUGGCCCACUUGAAAGGCCACAUGCUGCACCAUCAUCAGCCGUUUGCCCGAAGAGAGGGCACACCAACUGUACUCCCCGCACAGAGCUUCGAUCCGGUUAAGGAUGCCCAUGAUUUGCGCAAAGCCAUGAAAGGUUUUGGAACCGAUGAAGAUGCUUUAAUUAACAUCAUUUGCCGCCGUUCAAAUGAGCAGAGACAGGAGAUCCAACGUCAAUAUAAAACUCAUUUUGGCAAGGACUUAAUCGAAGAUGUUAAAUCCGAAACUAGCGGUAAUUUUGAAAAGUUGCUUGUGGGUCUCUUGCGUCCAAUUGUCGACUUUUACUGUGCGGAGUUAAAUGAUGCCAUGGCGGGGAUUGGCACCGACGAGGAGGUGCUCAUCGAAAUAUUAUGCACUUUAUCGAAUGUGGAAAUUCACACUAUAAAAAAUCAGUACUUGCGCUUAUACGGUGCCCACUUGGAAUCAGAAUUGAAGUCGGAGACGUCCGGCAAUUUUAAGCGUCUCUUAGUGUCGCUCUGCACAGCAGCACGGGACGAGAGUGGUCAAAUUGACCCGGUUGCAGCGCAGUCGGAUGCACGUGAGCUGCUCAAGGCAGGUGAACUACGUGUCGGCACUGAUGAGAGCAUGUUCAACAUGAUUUUAUGCCAACGUAACUACCAGCAGUUACGUUUGAUAUUCCAAGAGUAUGAAAAAAUGACUGGCCACACAUUGGAGAAGGCAAUACGUAAAGAAUUCUCGGGUGAUAUAAUGGAAGGUUUGAUCGCCAUAUACAAGUGUGUCACCAACAAAACGGAAUACUUUGCCGCGCGUUUGCACAAGAGUAUGGCUGGCAUUGGAACAAAUGAUAAACAACUGAUACGGGUCGUAAUCACGCGCUCUGAAAUCGAUAUGGUUGAUAUUAAGGCUCAAUUCGAGCGUAUAUACGGCAAGAGUUUAAAGAGUUGGAUUAAGGGCGAUACAUCGGGUCACUAUAAGCACGCAUUAUACGCUCUCGUUGGUGAACAACGCUCCUCCUAAGUACCAAAAUCAGCGCUUAUAACACAAAUACACAUAUAAAUAAAUAGCACUUGCAAACGGCCUGGAAAUUUACAACAGUAUUUGUUGAUUAAUUUUUGCUUCCUUGAUAAUGAACGAUUCCAGUGCUGGAAUGUAUGAUUACUUUGUAUUUCGAAUAUAUGCAACUCAAAUGCCUUGAAAUAUAUAAACUUUACACUAUUUUUAUAUUUAAAAUAUUAUAGUCAAUAUUCAGAGUUGUUUUAUCUUAUAGAAGCAUUCAAUAUUGUAAACUGCAUAAGUGAAGUAACCUAACUUAGUGUAGUAUAGUAUAUAAUGGAAGAUAUUUAAA